UCUCUUUCAUGGAAUCUAAUACCUACUGACCACCAUCUUAUAUAAGCUGGAGUCUACAGCACGGAUUGUAAGUUCAGUAGGAGAAACUUCAAUAGUGGCUCAGGAACGCAGUAACACUGGGAGUGGGGUGGAUAAGGUCAGGAUGGGGCGCAAAAAAAUUCAAAUAUCCCGCAUCGGCGAUGAACGCAACCGACAGGUGACAUUUACAAAGCGCAAGUUUGGCCUGAUGAAGAAAGCCUAUGAGUUGAGUGUGUUGUGUGAUUGUGAAAUUGCUCUCAUCAUAUUCAACAGUGCCAACAAGUUGUUUCAGUAUGCAAGUACUGACAUGGACAAAGUUCUCCUCAAGUACACCGAGUACAACGAACCACACGAAAGUCGCACAAACAAGGAUAUCAUUGAGUCAUUAAACAAGAAGGACCACAAGGGAUGCGACAGCCCAGACCCAGAUACUGACCCCUACAGCCACCCACUGACCCCAGAGGAGAAAUACAGCCGCAUGAAUGAGGAGUAUCAGAGAGCCAUGCACCAGAACUCAAUGAGGCACGGAAUGUCACCGUAUCCUAACCCAGGCAUGCCUCCUGGUGUCACCUCAGGGAUGCCUAUACACAACCCCACCUACAUGAGUCAGUCACCUAUCCCUCAGGGUCAUGGGAUGUCUCCUAACCCCAAUGGUAAUCCUAACCUGCUCCACCCACCCGUGGUACACCCCAGUGGCAGCCCCAGACCAAAUUCCACAGGUGGAAUGGUGGAUAUGUCUGUGAGUUCUCCAGCUAAUGGUUACCAUCAUCACAAUUCUCCAUGCCCCUCCCCAGGGGCGAUGGGAAACAAAGGCAUGUCUCGACAAUCACCUCCUUCAAGAGGGCCCCACAGUGUACGACCUAUGAUCCACAGCAACAGAAAUGACAUGAUGAGCCCAGACCCACAAGCCAGACCUACGAACGCCUCCAUGCACACACCCGCCGUAUCUCUAACAACACCCAGUAUUCAAGGCUCCAACUAUCCGUCCCCUCUCCCUACCACCUACCAUUCGAAUGAUUAUCCUUUAAACAAUUCCGACAUGAGUGUUCCAAUGUCCAACUAUUCACACCUACACUGGAGUGGUCAGGGGUCGCUGUGUUCAGGGAUUCCUCCUGGGGGCCUCCAAGUACCGCCUGGGUCCAAUAACCCUGGUGGCGGGCAUCUAUCUCCACUGGCUAUCAACACAAUGAAUCACAACAUGCCGAUGCACAUCAAGAGUGAGCCAAUAUCGCCGCCGCGAGACUCAACAACACCAUCAAAUCUCCAUUCACUGCGACCACCUUCAUCAGGUCAAGGCCAUCUAUCACCUGUACACAUGAAUCACACACAUAGUAACAAUUCAUCUCCAAACGCAAACUCACAGUCUCUGGAAUAUGAUGGACCUUUAUUAAAGCGGACUCGUGUAGACCAUGGAUGGACAACCUGAGACCCGUGUCAAUUAUAGGGGUCAAAAAUGUCUCUCCUCUGUAACAUAUAUAUAAAUAAACUUGUAUGUGAGAAUGACAGUGGGUGCCAAGGUUGCUGGAUCUCCUGGGGUAUAAAAAGUGCGAGAUCACAAGAUUCUUGAGGUCAGCAGGGUGCUUGUCAUGUAUGUAAAAAUAUAUAAUGUAGAAAGAUUGCUGGGUAAAACCCAGAGUACAUACCUGGAUACUUGACCUUGUCCUGACCUUGAAUUGACCUUGGCCUUUACCAUGUGGAAGAAAGAGAUUUGGACCCCUUUGCUACGUAUAUUUUUUGUGUUACCAUGGUUACAUUUUUAAGUGCAUGUGCCUUCAUCCUGGUGUAUUUCAUUGUAUAUAGUAACCAUGUUUGUCGACAAUGUUCCCUUCACUCUCACCUGUCACCAGUCAUAAGUUUUGGUACUUAGGUCAGCUUUAUAAUUCAUUUUGUAAAAAAAAAAAACACAAUUAAGGAUAAUGCCAUAAUUAAUGGACCAACAUGGUCCUGUAAUGUCAUUACCACUGUAUUGGUUGUAUACAUAAUGUUAGUGAGGGGAAAUAACUCAAUGUGUAAUCGAUGUUUGUAGGUAUUUGUGUUGAUGACUUGUGUAGUCACGAUGACCUGAAAAUCUAUCCCAUAAUGCAUGGUUGAAAAGUGUUCCUUCAGAAUUUUGAGACAAUUAUUACUUAAGUAUUGAUUAAAAAGUCGUUUAAAUCAGUAUGAAUGAAAAAAUUGCACAGGAUACAAUGUAAGAAUUGCAGAUGAAAGACAUUUUUGAUUAGAUGGUUCAGUAAUAUAUAUAAUGUGGCAGACGUGUAGAUCUGGCUUUCCUGAGCAGUGACAACAAUGCCUUUGUAAAUAUGAUAUGAUAGACAUGUCUCUUCAAUUGUUUAAUAGUGCUUCUAUACAGUAAACAGAUAUUUCUCAAACACAGUGCUAUUUGAAAGUGCAUGCUGCCAAAAAUAUGAAUCUGCAUUAAUCAAAUUUUAUCCAUUAAUGAUGAGAAAUGAUUUGUUGCCUAUUUUUGUAUGACUCAAUGAGAUAAUCCUAUGAAGGAUGUUUCAUAAAUCCUGUGAUGAUGGUUGUCCCUGUUGUGGCCCUUGCACAUUAUUGUUGGUGGUAUCAGGAAGGUGUUGUAUUGUGUUUCAUACCUCACAAAAUUUUCCUCAACUAUUUCCUCAGUAAUAUCAUGUAAUAAUGUUGAUAUCUGACAUUGGAAGUUAUUAGACUGUUAUCUUAGAAAUAGCGACACUCCAUCAACAAGUUAUCUUUAGUCAAUCAAUUUAUUAUUACCUUUAUUUCCACCUCAGGUAAAACAUGAUUGUCAUGACUGACUGAGGGUUCUAUACUGAUGACUUGUUUUUUGUCCACAACGAUAAAGAUCAAUCUGGACAAAUUAGUUUAAUAUUUUUCAGUAUACACAUUCUCUGUGAUUCUGAUGACUUUAAGAGUAUGUUAAAGUUUCAAUAUUAUGUACAUGAGGUGAAUUCUACAGGAAGGUUAUGACAUACAACAUACAGUAAUGUUUGAACUAAAUAUACUGUGACAAGGGUAAAAUAUGGUAGUCAUGUAGUGUUUUGUUUGUGCUGUUGUUUGGUACCUGUAGUCUGUAUUAUGGUGCCUCGUCUGUGAUGUGGAGCCUCAAUGGUGAUGUGGUGCCUCAAUGGUGAUGUGCUUUCCAUUCAUGACAUAUUGCUGCAUCAGUUAAGUGAUGCCCAAUGAUCAUCUGGUUCCUGUUAGUAAUGUGGUACCUCAUUAGUAAUGAAGCCUCAUUGACUGUGGUGCCUCAAUGUUUAUGGGGUUCCCUCCUCUCACGGCCCUCAUCAAAACAUAAGCCUGUAAAUACAUCAUUGUUACACACUUUUAUACUGCAGGAUCAAAAUGUUUCUCACAAGUGCCUGCCCGAAAAAUGAAGUGCUACCAAAUUUGUUCAAUUAUAAUACAUCUACCAGAAGUCAAUAGCGACAACAUAUCAGUAGGUCAUGGUCUCUUUGGUGACCGAGACCCUUGAACCUUCAGGCAUAACAUCACUGAAUAUCCAGGGCAUCCUCCUGGAACAUCGGCCUUAGUUAUAACAACAUACACAAUUUAGGAGACCAAUAUGUUAACUGUUGGGGAUUUUAGGUCACCUGAGAUUAAGUCUCAAGUGACUUAUUCUAAUCACCUUUUGUCUGUCGUGUGUCAUCCAUCAUACAUUUUUAAAUAAUUUACAUUUUUGAUCUUCUAAUAAACUACUUGAACCAAUUCAUUGAAAUUUGGUGGGAACAUUCCUUGGUCAAAGUUGCAACCAAUUUUUUUAUUGUAUGGUCCUCAUCUCUGAGGGUUUCUGAGGAAUGGGGUCAAAAUGGCUUGAAUAGAUGGGAGGGUCUUAAGGUUAUUUAUAUCAAAGCUAUUUAUUUCUCUAUAAGAAAAUGAUCCUUUUGGUUAUAUUUUAUUUAUUUCCUGUCAUUAAUCAAUCAUAUUUGACUGGUAUUUAACCAAUGAAAUGAAACUUUGAUACUUUGUCAGUUUUGACCCUGACCUGGCCUCUGGAUUACAGGACAGGCUAUAAAUGAGUAAUAUUGGCCAAAAUUUCAACAAUCUUCUACUUCAGACUAUAAAAUGUCCUGAAAAUAUUUUAAUUGGAAAUAAUUCAAACUUUGUAAGAAUUAAUACUAUAUUGGAUAGCAGUUUGAUGGUAUGCACAUAUUGACUCAGGCUAACCCCUAGGAACUCAUAGGCGGAGUCAAACAGUAUCAAAUUGACUGAAAUUUCACAAAUUUUCUUCUUUAGAUUUAGGUAGGUAGAAUUCAAUAAUCUCUGUGGGUCUUGAGAUGUGUUACCAAAAUUGUGAAGUUCAUGACCCCUGAAAAGGAGGGAAAGUUUACUAUAGUUUAUGUGAAUUAUAAGUAUAUGUACAAAAUGACCCUGGAUGAACUCCAGGGGCUAAGUAGCGAAAAUGGUCAAAAGGUGCAUUAUCACAUUGGGCAUUCUUUGAAUCCAGGGUCGAAUUUCAUUCCCUUCCUCAUCCCAGCAGAGGGUAAAAUUACCUACCAUUUUCAUUUAUAUGAUCGUUUAAUUUCCAUUGGAAAUAAUUCAGAUUUGGUUAGAAUUAUUAACAUGAUAUGAAACUGUAAUGUCAGGUGUACAACGUAGUUCAGGUUAUUCUUGAUCACAUGAUUUGAUAGCUGAAAUGACAGUUAUUUUCAUAGAACUCAGGUGACCGUUAAGGCCCUUAAGCCUCCUGUUUUUUAUAUCAUUAUACAGUUGGCAUUAGGUAAUCAAUUAAAAUUUAGCACUUAACUACAUGUCGUACAUUUGUGUUAGUAUUUUUGAUAAUGUACUUCAAGGUCACAUAUCAAAUUUAUAAUGGAAUGACCAUGACCUUGUAUAUUUCUAGAUAUUGAAUUAAAAAAAUGUGUUUUAAAUUUCGAGGUGAAGGUCAUACAAAAUGUUUAAAAAAUGGUGUGUGACUCCAAACUCAGUCAUUCAAUUACAAAUUGAUCCCAUUAGAUUGAGCAUUAAAGCAUUUUGGCAAAGAAAACUUCAGUACAUCAGGUACAUUUACAUAACAUAAAGAGAAUACAAUUGAGUAUUUUGGGCAGACUCUGCUGUGAUUAUCAGAGGCAAAGACUGCCACUAGAGCUCAGGUGUAAUAGUCUUAAUCAAAAUCUAUUUAUCUUUAAAAGGAAAACUCAAUAUUAUUUUUAUGUAUACUGAGAACUGUAGGUAUGCAUGUGGAACAUUAUUGAUGAGCCAUUUCAUAUGUCUAUGACUGUAAUAGUAAAAUUCACAUCUUCCCCACAUGUAAUCCUAUCAAAGACCAGGUCAUCAUGUUUUCUCACAACAAAUGCAGAACAUUAUGCUUUGUGCCAAAUAUGUAAAUUUUGAAGUUUAGAUUUGACUUUGAAUUAGACAGAAGCAUUCCUAUCAUAUAGUUCAUAUCACAUAGUUUAUGUCCCCAGUGCGCAAUGUCAUUAUGCCACAUAUAGCUCAUGUACCCCUAGCACAGUGGCAUAGUUCCAAAUAAUCUGCCAUAGACAGGCCACCCUUAUUUUCCAAAAAUGCACUCAUAAGCACUAGCUGCAAUUUUGACCUUGUCCUCCUCACCAGAAAUCCUGCAAGUAAGGCACAGUUCUAGUCUUAUCCCCAGACCACAGAUACCUGUAUUUUAUGGAAAUUGUUUGACUCCCAAUACAAAUAUCCAAACACUUACUGGUAGACUGGCCCUAACCAGUCACAAGAUAGGCAUGCAUUAAACUACAAAGUACAUAAUUUUGGUUAUUUCGCAAUAAAAGCUUUCAAUACAUAUACAAAAAUCACAAGCAAACAUUUGGUACUUUACCAUGUAUAGAAAUACCAUAUGUAAAGGUUGAAGGUCAAGGUUAGCAUGUGUUUGACAUAUGUUAAGGUCAACAGGAGAAUAUUUAUUAUUGUAAAUUGUCUAUCAUAAACAUUUCACUUCAUAUUUUAUUUUCCCACAAGCGACAACUGCUUAUUUAUAAAGUAUAAUGACUGUUAUUCUAUAGAAAUGUUUAAACAAACUGUGUCAUACGAGAGUAGUUGCCACAAGUGUCCCAUUAACAAUAUUUGUUGUCUGAUAUUGACUGUGUAUGUUACCUGAUGGGAAAAUACCAUCUUUCUGAAUAUGUUGUUGGGGUCAAAUCUCCAAGAUAAACAGUGUCAACUAAAUGUGUGGUCCGUACUGGUUAUCACAUACUACAAGCACCUGUUUUCAAAGUAGUGCACAUUGUAUGAUAAUCAGUUAUUCAAAACAUAAGUUUACAGUUAAUUGUCUACCAUUGAAACUGUAGGAAGAUUUCAUAUAAAAGUAACAGCAUUACCAAAAGUUGUACCAACACCUUAGGAAUGAUACCAGGACUUUGGGUAUUGUACCAGUAUCUCACAUUUUAACAUGCUCUGCCUAUUCAACAAGUAUCUAACAUAUUGUGUGCUGUAUACCCUGCAUAUCAUACCAGUUCCUUGCAUAUCGUAGUGCCAUGUGUAUGUUUGUUACCUCUGUAUGGCUGAAUUGCUGCAUUUGACUACAGGAUCACUUGCAACUUGAUCCUCCCUAUCAUAAGACUUCAAAAAGUUAUUCUAGGAAUAUGUUGCUGAUUGUACAUACACUGUAUCAUUAGAAUGUGGCACUUUAAAGGUGAUACAGCGACUUAUAAGUUGUUUUUUUUUGCGAGUUGUAAUAUAUUUAUGCUUGAUACUUAAUUUAUUGUAAUAACUAUGUUGAUUAAUUUUGUGCAGGAGGUAGUUUGUUAUAUGUAUUAUUUAAUUGCCCUUUUGAAGAUUAAUAGGUUAUAUUUUCAUGUGAAACUUUGGCAAGAGUUGUUAAUUUGUAUAGAUCAGUAAGGAGUUCUACCUUAAUAACCGAUACAUGGUCAGGACCACCUGUACCACUUGGUGGGUAAAGGUCACACAGGAGUUAUCUACCUUAGCAACCUAUACAUAGACAGGACCUCUCGUACCACAUGUGUAUAGGUCACACAGGAGUUAUCUACCUUAGUAACCUAUAUAUAUAAAUGGGACUUCCCGUACCACUUUGUGUGUAUGGGUCACACAGGAGUUAUCUACCUUAGUAACCUAUAUAUAUAUAAAUGGGACUUCCCGUACCACUUGGUGUGUAUAGGUCACACAGGAGUUAUCUACCUUAGUAACCUAUAUAUAAAUGGGACUUCCCGUACCACUUUGUGUGUAUGGGUCACACAGGAGUUAUCUACCUUAGUAACCUAUAUAUAUAUAUAAAUGGGACUUCCCGUACCACUUGGUGUGUAUAGGUCACACAGGAGUUAUCUACCUUAGUAACCUAUAUAUAAAUGGGACUUCCCGUACCACUUGGUGUUUAUAGGUCACACAGGAGUUAUCUACCUUAGUAACCUAUACAUAAAUGAGAUCUCCCAUACCAUGUGUGUGUAUAGGUCACUCAUGAGAUAUCUACUUAAGUAACAGAUACAUAGAUGGGACCUCCCAUACCACAUGUUUAUAGGUCACAGAGGAGUUAUAUACCUUAGUCACCUAUACAAAGAUUUCUUGUAACACAUGUGUAUAGGUCACAGGGUAGUUAUCUUCCUUAGUAACUGAUACAUAGAUGAGAUCUUUCGUACCACCUGUGUUUACGUAACAGAGGAGUUAUCUACCUUAGUAACCUGUUCAUUGACAAGAUUGUAUGUAAAUCAUAGUGAUGUUAUCUACCUUGAAGGGUUACAUACAGUAGAAAUUAUGUUGACGAUGUAACAUUAAAAUAUUUGGAUAUAUGUGUAAGCGUAAUUCAUGACAUAAGCUGGACUUAUGUUUGUGUUUCCUCAUUUUUACAUAUUAUUUUGCUAUUAAGUUGUACUUGUUAGUUUUUGUGGUGUUAGUAGUUAGGACUCACUGGAAAAUUAAGUUUUCUCAAGAAAUGUUCAAAGGAAUAUUCAUGAAGUGUUCAAUAGUCACACCUUUAUUAUCAUUUAAAUCAAAAAAAUAAAAUCAUGAUUAUCUGAUGUAUGAAAUUCAGAUAGAAAAUAUUCAUUAACAGGAUAUGUUAGUCAAGGGAAAGAAAUCUACUUAAUCUGCACGUGCCAUACUUUUAUGUUAAAAAAGGUUGCUUUAAAAUUUCAGUUUUAAUUCACCUGUUCAGGCAUUAGAUGAUUUUGAAACAGACUUUCACUGAACCAUCCAAUGGUCACACAUGAUUUUUCCAGGAUAUUAUUUUUUUUUUUUUUUUUUGUUAUUUAACCUUAAUGGUAUAAGAGAAUUUGCCAUCAUAUACCUUGAAGUUAUUAUUUUGAGCUAUUUUGUUAAAAACAUUAAAAGCGUUAUAUUCAGAACAAUUACUGUCAUUUAAGCAUGAUUGGCUCUCAUAUUCUUUCAGAUCUUUAGACAAUUUUUAAAAAGUUUAUCAACAAAAAAUGUUGCAUUUAGUUUGCAAAAUAUACAUAUGUCCAAGUGGGAACUCUUUUGGAAUGGAGAUGCUAUCAAUGUAAGAUAAUAUAGAUCCUGAACUCAGUAUGUCUGGUCAGUUACACUGUCAUACAGAUUAGCUUUGAUGAUGUUGUAUACCAUAUUAGAUGUUGAUUGUGUUAUUUAUCAAGGGUUUUUGAUUUUAGAGAUUUCACAGGUCAAUGUUACAGUGUUUGAUUUUAGAGAUUUCACUGGCCUGUACAUGUGUAACAGUGUCUGAAUUUAGAAAUUUUACUGGUCUGUGUAAGGGUGUUUGGUUUUAGAAAUUUCACUGGCCAGUGUAAGAAUGUUUGAUUUUAGAAAUUUCACUGGCCUGUGUAAGGGCGUUUGAUUUUGGAGAUUUCACUGGCCUGCAUAACGGUGUUUGAUUUUGGAGGUUUCACUGGCCUGCAUUACAUUGAUGGUAUACAUGUCAGGUUUGUUACUUGUUACAAAACAGUGCUUGUUAGAUAAUUAGUUCUUAAUCAUUUUACAGGGAAUGAUAUUUUUAUAUUCAGACUAUAAUUCAAUAUUGUUUGCUUUUACCACCAGAUUUUUUUUUUUUUUUUGAAAAAUGAAGUGUUUUGUUUAGAUGUCUAAAGAUCAGGGUUACAGUUAUCAUUUUAACAAUGUUAAACAUUUACCUGGUAAUUGUUAAGUUUUUAUUGUAAACUUUUGAAAUGGAAUUAUUUUCAAAUGUUGAAUGUUUUGUUUGAAAAAGUAUUUCAUGUUGGUUGUCAUGGUGUAGAUCAGAGAAUUAAUGGAUUUUUAUUGAAAUUUUGGUUUUUAACAGUAAGACUAUUUUCUUGUAACACCGAGACCGAUUGCUGACAUAACUGCUUAUUGUUUGACUUUGUGUGUCUACAGUAGCGUAAUAUGUGAUUGAAAGGAUGUUCUAUAUAUAGAUAACAAAUUAGCAUACUCUACUGGUAUUUUUUAUUAAGGCUAUAUAUACAUUAUAUAAAAUGUCACUUUGUAUUCUGGGAUAAAGAGAAAUCAAAUGUUUGAAUAUGUGUAAUUACAUAUGCUGGAUCACUGUUACAUGAUUUGUAUAUCAUUUUUGUAAAGGAUUAUUUGAAAGGGUAGCACUUCCCCUGAACAUUUGUUAGUGUGAGUUCAUCAACGACUUGUUCACACACUGUGUUGUGUCCGAUGCCUUAGAUACUGCACAGACACUGGGACGGUUAUUUUAGUAUGAUGACACAAAGCUGUUCUGCCUUACCCUUGUACCACCGUCUCUCUAUAGGUCAUCAUCAUGUCUGUGGACGUUAGAUAACUAUUUUUAUGGAUCAACAUAUUGCUGUGUGUUGUACCUGUUUUUAUUGCAAGAUAUCCUGGUCAUUAAAUUGUUGUAACACAA